CGCUCCGCUCUUCUCUCCACUUUUGAUCACGUCGUUAACAACAACAACAACUCACCGGGGAAGUUGUCCCGGUGGUUAAUGGACCCCGAGCCACGGAGAUAGAGCCUCGGGUUCUAUGUGAAAGAUCAAAGAUGGUUCAGGAUGGUGCUCCGAUUCGGCGGCAGGGUGCCCAGGACUUUAUGGCGUACUAUGACUUUGUAUGUGCCAGCCAGGAAUUAGUCCCUCUCCCCGCUGUCAAGAUGAACCUUGACAAAGGGACGCUGGACUUUAAUGGAGACAGGCUGAAAGUGACGGAUUGGCCACCGGUUCUCGCCUCAAUCUCCAUCAACAAACAUCUGCACCACAUUGCCAUAAGCAGCAUGUACCAAGCUAGUUCUGGAGCUGCAGAUAGAAGGUACUAUAAGACCAACUUCAAGAGGAAGAUCCCAGCCAUUCGCUCGAAGGACUCAACAUUCAAGUUGUGCAAAGCGCUCAGAGACUGUCUGACUGUUUCACCCAACCUCAAGAGUCUGCAGCUGAACGGACUUCCACUGAGAGAGCGGGACCUCAUCACAUUGACAAAGGGUUUGACAAAAACUGUUUCCUUGGAAAACCUAUCCUUCGCCAAUUGUCCAAUAUCUGAUGAGGGAUUAGAGGUGAUUUGCCAAAGUGUUAAGUACUCAUUAAGUAUCAGGACGGUGGAUUUCACAGGAUGCAAUCUCACCUGGAGAGGAGCAGAGCAUAUGGCCAACAUAAUCAAGCAUCAGGGAUUGCAGAGGCAUGGCACAGCAUGGGCAGAGUCUUUGAGGUAUCGGCAGCCACAUCUGCAGAGAAUGGGAGGCCUCCGUCGAGUCACCCUCAACUGUAACAUUCUGAUCGGGGACCGGGGUGCUGCUGCUCUCGCACAUGAAUUGGCCGAGGACCUCUGGGUUAAUGCCGUGGACCUGCAGAGAUGUGGUCUGUCCAACGAAGGAGCUCAUCAUCUGCUGCAAGCCUUAAAAACAAAUUCUUCUCUCUGUGUGCUGGAUAUCCGUAGUAACCCUUUAGUUGACAAGGUCCUUAUUAAAAAUAUAAUAGAGAAAGUGCUGACGAAUGCUACAGGACAGUCACUAGAGUACUGUUGGAUCAAGCCUACGACCACUGAGCCACAGAGAGCUGCGGGUCCAAAGAGACAAACAGUGAGAAGAAAAGCUCUGUUAAGGAUAGCUGCUCCUAAAGGAACAUCAGAAGGGAAGAGGUCAACUGUUGCUCAGGCACCGACGCCCCAUUCCAGUUUCCUUCCUUGGCGCACUGCUGCUCGGGCUGGACGCCAGAGAGGUCUGCCUCCUGGAGGAACUGUGACAGAGCAAAGCUUCCAGGUUGGAGCUAAGGUGAGGGUUACUGUAGAUUCAGAUUCCUAUGGAGAGGAGGAUGAGGAAGAGGAAGAGGAAGAGGAAGGAGUUGUGAUGGAGGUGGAGCAGAGACCAUCUGCUUUGAAAAAUCUCCAGGACAGGAUCACUGACCGACAGUUUGAACGCUUACAGGUGGAGCUGAAAGAGUGUCGCCUGAGGCUGGCAGAGGAGCGCAGAGCCGGACUGAGAGCUCAGUCGAGGCUCAUGGAGUUUGAGAUGGAGAAUAGUCGUCUUCGUGAUGCCAACCGCUCCCUGUCAGAGGUGCUUUCAGCCACUGGCUCCAGAUCAGCGCCACCUGCCGUCAGUGUUCUUGAAGACGAGGCCGUACUCGAGAGUAUCGAGAGCUCAUUCAACAAGUUCCAUGCUUUCCUGGAUCUCCUCAGGGACGCUGGCCUCGGUCAACUAGCUUCAAUUGCUGGAAUUGACAAGUCCGAUUUCCAACCUGUGGGACAACCUCAGCUCUCCUCUACUAGCAGAACACGUUUUGAUGCUGUGCCAUCACUGACUGGACAGGACGUCCAGGCACAGACGGAGGCCUUCUCUCUGGUAAGAGACGCCCCGCCUGCUCCCCCUGGUGCUGACACCACCACACCCAGGUCCUCAUCCUCUGUCCGGGGGUCCUUGCGCAACGACAGGCUGCUUGAUGUGACCUUCAGGAAACCUGCAGUAGAACCUUGUGUAGGCGGAGAGGAGGAACCAGAUCAAUAUGCCAGGCCGGACACACAGCAUGACUCAGGUUCCGAGCACAGUUUCGGAAGCCAAAGGUCAUUCCGGGAAACGUUUCAGACUAAACAUAGCAACGGCAACAGCAACAGCAGCUCUCACCGGAGCUCCUCACGUCACGGGAACGAUUCCCAUGGAGACAGCCAUGCUCAAAGUCACAGUUCCCAUAGCAAUGGGUCUCGCGGUGGAAUAUCGGUCAGAUCGAGUGUUAGUGACACGUUCAGUGACAAGGAGGAGUCAGUGGGAUCAGCAGCGUCAAGGAUCAGUGGAAAGGGAAGGCUAGUGACUACAGGUCAGUCUGGGUCAGAGGAGAACAAUUAUCUUGGGAGGGAGAGUCUGGAGCAGGUCAGGUCUCUGGGGGGUGCAGGAGGACACUUAGUGAAUUCAUCCUUCUGACCAGAGGAACACAGAAAGCUUGGCAAGCGUCUGUUCUCAUCGCCAUCUCCUCAACGUUCCCUCUGUCACUUCUUUGUUCUUAUUCACUUUUAUAAAUGGCUGUGAUGAAGAUCUUAUUCAUAUUUCAUAAAGAUGUGACAAGACCAAAGUUCUUAAACCUUCAACCUCAGGUUCUUCAUGUUUAUGAAGAGAGACUGAGAAGUUAACCUAACAUCAAACUGCAUCUAAGACAACACAGAGUUCCAGGUUCUGAGAAAUAUAAAAUUAGUUAAAAAAAACUUGAAUGUAUAUAUUUGCGUUUCUUAUUUUAGCAAUUUUUGAUAGGGAUAUUUUGCACUUAGGGUGUAUGCACAAUUUUAACAUUUAACUCAGUAACAUUUCAAUGGAGACAUUUUGGAUUCCAAACUUAAUUCACAAGCUUUCAUCUGAUUCAUCAUGAGUGAACACAUCAAACCUCAGAGUCAGUUAAUGGGACUUUGAACUACAAUAAAAAAAGUCAUGUCAUUUUUCAUGUGUGCUUUAACUCUUUUACCACGGCUUUAUAGAACCUUUCUACUUUUGAGUGUCACUGCUGUUAUAGAGUUUUUAUGCAUAUUUAAAUAGAUAUCAGUCUUGACAUUUGUUCAUACACAAUCUUAUGUUUAAUUACAAACAUAUAAACAGGUUCAAAUUAUAUUUUCAAUCUUCUGUCACUCCAGAGUCAAAGAAAUAUCAAUAAUCCACCAUUAUAGUGAAUUAUGCCAUUAGCUCUUCCCCAGUUUACCAGGGCUUGAAACUUGUUUAUCAGUGCUGUGCCAAGAACUACUACUGACUAAAUAUUGACUAAUGAUACUGAUGGGUUGUGAAACAUCAUCUCAAAAUGGCUGUUUACUUGUUUAACAUGUAGGUUUUACUUGCAUUUGUUGUCAAGUCAUAAAAGUUUCCAUCUGUCACUGUUA